AUGCCUAUAUUAAGUAAUACAUAUAAUGCAAAGUAUGAACUAAAAGUCAUUGUCAUUUUAGUGAACCUGGCUUUGAAUAAACCGACAUGGCAGUCAAAUCCUUAUCAAGACAGUAAGUACCACUCCAGUAAUGCUGUGGAUGGACUGGAACCUGAAAUCAGCACAAAGCGAGGAGGACAAUGUGUAAAAUCAGUUGGUGGAUACAAAAAUGCUACUCUGUGGGUAAACCUGACAUCAGUCUACAGCAUUUAUGAAAUUAGAAUUUAUCACAGGACUGGAAGUAUGGAGUGGGGUAGAUUCCUGGGGUUUUAUGUUUAUGUAUCAAACACGACUAACCGACUAGAUGGUUACCUAUGUUUCCAUGACACAAAUUAUACCAGAUCUACAAUACCCUCCGUUGUUAAUAUAACUUGCCAUGUGCAUGGGCAAUACGUCAUCUACUAUAAUGAAAGACUUUCCAAAAAUAAAUAUCCUGAUGAAUACUCCAGUAAGGCAUACAAUGACCUCUGUGAAGUGGAGGUGUAUGGUUGCAGGACUGGAUUCUACGGACCUAACUGCUGUCUCUCCUGUCCCGAUAACUGUCGUUAUUGUCACAUUGAGACUGGAGUGUGUUCCUGGUGUAAACCCGGGUAUUAUGGACAGCAGUGCGAAUCUGGUAAAACAGAAGAAGAAUCAUAUUGGCAGUUUAGAUUUUAUAUCAUGUUCGGUGCUUUCUUUGUUGCAGUAACAGCUAACGCAGUCUUAAUUGCUUAUAUCUGUCAAAAGAGGCGACAAAAGGGAACGACACUAUCUCAAACACCAAAAGAGAAAUGUAAUCCUGUAAACAGUAAACAAAUUUAUGAAAAUGAUGAAGGAAAUACCAAUGACUAUUAUCAGGAACUAAAGGAAAUGUGA